CUGGUGCUAAGAGCGCCUGCGUGGACGUCUCUGUUUCCGCCGGUCUGGCAGCGGCGAAAGCAACAGCAACAGCAGCAGCAGCAGCGGGAGGAGGAGUGGUAUUGUUUGGAAGGGCAGCGUGCCCGGCGAAGACCCAAACUAGGGGCGUUGGAGGGAUGUGCGACCCUAGCAAGCAAGAUUUGGGGACUGUUUUCAAGCGGCUCCGCGCCAUUCCCACGAACAAGUUAUGUUUUGACUGUGGAGCAAAAAAUCCAAGCUGGGCAAGCAUAACAUAUGGCGUUUUCCUCUGUAUUGACUGCUCUGGGACUCAUCGCUCACUUGGAGUUCACUUGAGUUUCGUUCGAUCUACAGAAUUAGACUCAAACUGGUCAUGGUUUCAACUGAGGUGCAUGCAAGUUGGAGGCAAUGCAAAUGCUUCUGCAUUCUUUCAUCAGCAUGGUUGUGUCACAAAUGAUACCAACGCCAAGUAUAAUAGUCGUACUGCACAGCUCUACCGAGACAAGAUCAGAUCUCUUGCAGCUCAGGCAACACGGAAAUACGGCACAGAUUUAUGGAUAGAUGGCUGCGGAGCCCCUCCUUUAUCACCUCAAGAGAAAGAAGAAGACUUCUUUGCAUCUCAUGGCUCUACUCGGGUUGAAUGGGAAUCAUCACAACAGGAAACAAUUAAUCCACAGGAGAAUUCUUCAGAAAAUAAUUCAGAAAGCAAAGAUGAAGAUCCAGAAGAUGGACCAAGCGUUGAUUACCUUAGUGUAUCACCUCAAGCUUCUUUAGCCAACAUGGAGAAGGUUAAUACUUCAGGCACGGCACCUAACAAAGAUGCCAGUUGUAUGAUGAAGAAGAAACCAAAUCAAGUAAAAAAGGGAAUUGGAGCUAAGAAAUGUGGUUUGGGGGCCCAGAAACUGAGCAGCAAGAGUUUUAACGAGAUAGAAAAACAAGCACUGGCGGUAGAUAAACUGAAGGAAGCUGGCACAACAACAGAGAAGGAAGAACCAUUGGUAUCAUCUUUACGACUGGCCUACAAAGAUCUUGAAAUUCAGAUGAGGGAUGAAAAAUUAAACGUGGCUGGUAAAAAGAAAACAGAGAUAGAAAGACUUGGCAUGGGAUUCAGUAAUAGUAGAAGUGGUAUUUCCCAUUCGAUAAGUUCAGAUAUGCAGAUCAUACAACAAGAAACACCAACAAGCGCAAAACCAAGAAAAAAGUAUAAUGAUGAAGAUGAUUUGUAUUUUUCUUGCCCCAAUUCAAGAUAUUUUGAUUCGUCCGACUUGAGAAGUAGUGCUUUUCCUAAAUGGGAUGACAAUUCUGAUUCAUUCUGGAAGAAAGAAAGCAGCAGCAGCAGAGAUAUUGAUAUGAUUUUGUCUUCCAAGCCUACGAGCUAUUCAGAGAGGUCAUCGUCUCGUAGGAAACCAGAGCAUGAAAAAUCUGCAAACACAGAUGAAGCACAAAAGAAAUUUGGCAAUGCAAAAGCUAUUUCAUCAGAUAUGUAUUUUGGAAAGCAAGACCAUGCUGAAUAUGAAGCCAGAGUUCGAUUAGAAAGGCUUUCCGGAAAUGCUGCCAUAAGUUCAGCUGAUUUGUUUGAAGAGCAAAAGAAACAGCCAUCAGGCAAUUACAAUAUUUCAAAUGUCUUGCCUUCUGCUCCUGAUAUGACUCAGUUUAAACAAGGAGUGAAGUCUGUUGCUGGAAGGCUUUCUGUCCUGGCAAAUGGAGUCAUGACUUCUAUUCAGGACCGCUAUGGUUCUUAACCAUUAUGUUUCAGGUGACUGGAUAUCUAGAAGAUUUAAAAAACAAAAACAUUUCUGUGUCUACCAAUAAUUAUAUUGCAGACUAACAUGAAGGCUCCCUUUAGUCUGUAAAAUAUGUAGUCCUAAUUUCUGGCACUUGUAUAUUUUUGAUGGGAGUCUUUUUUGGCUCCUCACAAUAUUCAUUUAUUAUUUCUGUUCUUAUUCUGGUGUUCGUUUUUUUUGUUUUUGCUGCCUUAUUGUGCUAAAGGUUAAUUGGUUACAUUGAAUCUGCUUCUAAAACAGAGCAUAAAGCAAUAUGGGAUCCCAUGGUCUUUCCCAGAAUAGUACUAGGCUAAGAAUUAACUCAGUUUUAUAAAUCUGAGGGAUAAGUGAUUAUUUUAAAUUAUGAUUGUGACCUGCUCCUAAAUUACUUUUCAUUGUCUCUCUGAAAAGGAGAGUGGCAAAUAAUUCCUUGCCUUUUCUGUUUUGAAAAGUGCCUAUUUUGGGGGGAGAGGGACAUUAACCCUACUAAGACUUUUCACUCUAUGGGGAUUCAGGUAAUUGUUCAAAGAUAAAAAUACAUAAGAAUAAGAAGGUUAAAGAAAUGCAAAAGCCUAUAAAAUGUGCAAAUUGUUAUGUGAGAGAGAAUGGUGGGGUCUGUUCAUCAAAAAUUUAAGGUAUAUAAUUUUGUGUCAGAUUGUGUUCUUUAAAUAGUAAACAGUAAUAGAUGUGCACAUAACAUAACUGAAAAUUAGUAGGUGCAAUGGAAAAUUGUAAUAGUUUUUGUUGCCUUAGUUUUCCAUUUAAGUUUGUUUCAUGAAGAUGAGACACGUGUGUUCUUUAUUUAAAAUAGCAUAAGUGUGACCUAUUUAUUCAUCACAUUUAAUUUGAUUCCUUAAGUGCUUAUUUGCAAUCAAUAUGGUGUCUGAAAUAAAGAAUAAAUUGUCGGUAUAUAUAAAGUAAUAAGGAGAGAUGCUCUCUGAGUCUAACCACAUAUAGACUGAUAGAAUGUUUAAAUAACGAACAGUUCUUUCCUUGCCUCUGUGCAUAAAAAAGCUUGCUGGCUGUGGCUGUGUUUUAGACAACCAGGAACCUCAGUUAUUUAAAACAAUGAAUUUAAAAUGUUUAAUAUGAAGUCAGAAAUUUUAUUUUUUUCUUUGAACAGCAGGCAUUUCAAUAUAAUAAUCAGAAUAAAUUUUGAUUUUACAA